AUGAGUAGCCCGGCCUUGCGAGCACGACUUGCGUGCUGCUGUACCACAGAGGCACGCCGGCUCAAUCGACGAAUUGGAGAUCUCUACAACGUUAUCAGCGCCGAGCAACGAUUCAACGAUGCUUGGGGCGCGGAUGCAUUCUGCCCUUGCAAGUUGCAACGUUCGAACCUUGUCCUCUACGCUUUCGGAUCUCUAAGAACCGGCGCGAACGAAAGAAUGGGAAUGGCGUGGCAUGGCACCUUGCAAUCUACAGCAGAGAAUGGCACCGUGGCAGGGACUAUCCGUCAUCGUCUCCAAUAA